AGAAAGUUGGCUUUCAGCUCAUAGCACUGUCGCAGAGCAGACAUUAGAGGUGCCACUUUCAGUGGGUACUCACCUCAGUUCAGUACCAUCAUAGUACCAUUUCCACCGAGGUUUGUUUUUCUCGUUUCAAAGGCCGACUACCUACAUGUCACACUGUAGAUUUCUCAUUGAAAGUCUAUCGAGGAUAUCGGUAUAGUGCAGUAGACGUAGAGAGACUUGCUAAUAGAUUGAAGGAUCUGUUGGGUAAUAGGUACUCGGGAUAUCAUAUAGUACCUAGUCGAGUGCGAUGGUGAUCUGGGCUAGUUUGGUUUUGGCUUUGACAAGUUUGGUGGUGGUGGUGGUGAAAAGUGAUAUUGUGAAUGAUAAUACAGCAACAAAAGACGACGACAGAUCAAAAAUAGUAUAUCCCAACGACUUUUUGUUGCAUCAUCAUCAUCAUCCCUUGGAUUCCUCAAUAGUUCACAGUCACAAUCACAACCACAGGAGUUUCCCGCCUGGUUUUCAACAUGAUCCCUAUUUCCACCGUACCCACGGGGAUUUUCCACCGGAUUUCCCUCACCAGCACAACGAAGUUCUGAAAAAUAAUGGACAGGGCGAUGUGUCGAGAAAUGGUCCGAAAGGAAAAGGUUCCUUUGACAAUGCCAGCUUGACGAUUCCCUUGGAUUUCAUCAAAAACAUCAGCCAAUACAGUGUCAAUGACCUUCUUCUCAACUUUGUGGAAGGUGAUGUCGAUAUCGAAGAACCCCUCAUAAACAGUAGAAUUGGCGAUGUAGAAGGUACCGCCAGAAGUAAGUACACAGAUUCAGCUAGUAUUCCAAUGAAGGCAGGCUGCAUCCCAGAAUACAGGACCAUCAAACUGAUAAACAAUGAUGAUCCUAGUGUUCUAUACAUCCCUCAGUGCACAAGGGUUGAGCAAUGUGGGGGCUGUUGCUCACACUCCCUCUUGUCAUGUCAACCAAUAGAAAAAGAAACUAUAGCCUAUCAGGUCAUGAAAACUCAAUACACAGGGAGCAAAAAACUGAAAUUCUUGGGAAAGGAAGUGAUACUAGUGGAGAAACACACCAAAUGCAAGUGUGACUGUAUUGUAAAAGAAGAGAAUUGUAACAAAUACCAAGAAUACAGACCUGCUGAAUGCAGAUGCACUUGCAAAAAUGUUGAUGAGGAAGAAAAAUGCUACAGAAAUCCAGGAAAGAAACUGUGGAACCCAGAUCUCUGCACUUGCCAAUGCAGAGAUGUAAUUCAGUGUACCACAGGGUAUUAUUUUGACCAGAAUGAAUGCAAAUGUUCACCAGCACCAAUGAAGAGGAGAUUGGCUACUUAUGAAAUCAAAGUAUAUGAUACUGGGGCAGUGCCUUCUACUUAUCAAGAAGGAAAUUGAUAUUUUUAUAUUUUGAUGAAAUGUAAAUGUAACAUAAUUUAUGUUUUGAUUGUGAUAAUGACCUAUAUUUAUUGAAUAAAAAUAUUUAUGAUAUCACAA